UUGGUUAUUCACAUUACAUGCUCUAUUAUUCAUCCAUCAUUUUUAUCUCAGAUGUUUCUUUAUAAACUCUUUGAGAAUUGGGGACAGCAAGAAUUUGAGCAACAUUUUAAAAAAAUUCAAAAGUUCUAUCAGGAGCGACGUGACAUAAUGCUGACUAUGAUUGAGAAACAUUUAAAUGGUCUGGCGGAAUGGUCCAUACCACAAGGUGGAAUGUUUUUUUGGAUUAAACUAUUAGGUGUGAAUGAUACAAUGGAUUUAGUGAUGAACAAAUGCGUACCACAAGGUAUCUUCGUUCUUCCUGGCAAUGCCUUCAACUAUGAUUCUUCAAAAGACGAUUGUCAUUUGAGACUUAGCUACAGCUAUGCUUCACCGGAAGAAAUGGACAAAGUAAUUUUGAAUAUUAUUAAUUUUAAUUGUCUCUGUCAAAUACUGUAA